UGAUCAGCUUGGAGACACUCAGUCUACAGGACUAUACUACGGAGAUUACCACCAGUUUAGAGUCUCUCUUAAAAGCUGAGUCCGCUGAGGACUGCAGACACCAUGCAGAAGUUUUGGCUGCGACCCUUGACAAGGCAGGUGUCAGAAGUUUGAAACCUGUCCUUCAAACUCUUCAAACCGCCGCCACAAACAAGAAAUCUGGCUACGAACGCGAAUCAGCUUGCAUUGGUUUAUCAUCACUCUUCAGAAGAGCAAAGUUACAUGGAGGUUUGGAAGUAUUCUAUAUAGACACACUCCCUAUCCUCCUCGAUCUCGUCGCAGACAAAGGCGACGUCGUCAAGGAAGCUGCACAGACCGCCAUCGACGAUCUCGUUGCUUUAUUAAACCCAUUCGCUAUCAUGACUUUAUUAGAGAACGUCUGGUCUGUCACAAACUCCAGCUCUGCAAAAUGGAAGUCAAAAUCUACCGGCUUGCAAAUUAUCACAAAAUUGGUCAAAUCUGGCGGUCCACUCUGGAGAGCUAGAUUCUCCGAACAUUUAGGUGAAAUGGUUCCACAUUUAGAGACAGCUAUGCAUGACACCAAGAGUGAAGUUGCAAACGCAGCUAAAAAAUGCUCUUUGGCUGUAUGCUCUUUGUUACAAAACCCAGACAUUUUACCACACGUUCCUGCAUUAGUUAGCGCUAUGCAAUCACCAACUGCCGUAUCUGCACUCAUCAAGCAACUCAGUUCAACUACCUUUGUUGCUGAAGUCGACGGACCAUGUCUCGCAGUCCUCGUCCCACUUCUUUCAAGAGCCUUGAAGGAGAAGAGUAUGGAAACUAUCCGUAUGACUGUUAUUGUCAUUGGCAACCUUGUCAAGUUGGUCAGAGAUCCACGUGUUGCUGCCAGAUACUUGGGUGAAGUCUUCCCAGGUGUUACCAACAUUAAAGAAGGUGCUGCUUUCCCAGAAGUCAGAGCCUUCGCAGCUACUACUCACCAAAUCAUGGUUUCUGCUGGUGCUUCUUCAUCCAACCCUGAGUCAAACCGCUCAAGACCUGAAGAAAUUAUUCAUGCUUGUGAGGUUUUCAACAGACUUCUCGCCGCUGAAGGUGUCGCAACCAUCGUCGCUGCACCAAAGAUCGAAGAAGAUGACUUGAUCGCAACCUCACUUAAGUACGUUUCUGACAUGGUCGUUGAUUUGGCGUACGAUCGUGACUUUGACAAGUCAAAAUGGGUUGACUUAACUAUCGCACCAUACAUCCAACACUACUUACAAGGAAAGCGCGAAGAAGCCAACAAAGUUGCUGAAGAAGCACUUGAAGUUUAUUUAGAAAUUGACAAGAAGGCCAACGCCAACACACUUAACGAGUACGAAGAUGAUGGUGAAGAGCUUUGCCGUACUGAUUUCUCACUCGCUUACGGUGGUCUCUUGCUUCUCAACCACACCACUCUUAGAAUUGUACGUGGACGUAGAUACGGUAUUUGUGCUGGUAACGGUAAGGGUAAAUCAACACUCCUCAAAGCCCUUCGCGACGGUAAAGUCGAAGGUUACCCUACACAAGAUCAACUUCGUACUAUUAUGGUUGAACAUGCUCUUCAAGGUGAAGAUGCUUCACUUCCAAUCGGCGAUUUCGUCGCUUCAGAUCCUAACCUAAAGAACGUAUCACGUGAGAGAGUAACUGAAGCACUUGAAUCUGUCGGUUUCUCAGCUGAAAAGCAAAAAGAUCCAGUUGGAUCAUUGUCUGGUGGUUGGAAGAUGAAGCUCGAACUUGGUCGUGCUAUGUUGAUCGGUGCUGAUGUCUUGCUUCUCGAUGAACCUACUAACCACUUGGAUGUUCCAUCUGUUCAAUGGUUAGAGAACUGGUUGGUUGAAAACAACACCACAAUUCUCACAGUUUCCCACGAUUCCGGUUUCUUAGAUGCAGUAUGUACCGAUAUCGUUCACUAUGAAGACCGUAGAUUGGUUUACUAUAAGGGUAACUUAUCUCAAUUCGUUGCUAGAGUUCCAGCCGCUCAAGCUUACUACACACUUGAAGCUACAACAAUCAAGUUCACAUUCCCACCACCAGGCUCACUCAUGGGUGUUAGAUCAAACACUAGAGCCAUUAUGAAAUUGAAAGACUGUGUUUUCGCUUAUCCAAACACGCCAAGACCACAACUUAAUGGUGUAAGCUGCGCUCUUUCACUUAGCUCAAGAGUUGGUAUUUUAGGUCCAAACGGUGCUGGUAAAUCAACUCUCAUUAAGCUCAUCACUGGUGAGACGACUCCACAAUCUGGUUCUGUCUAUAAGCAUCCAAACUUACGUGUUGGUUAUGUCGCUCAACAUGCGUUCCAUCACAUUGAGCAACACUUGGAAAAGACUCCAAUCGGAUACAUCCAAUGGCGUUAUGCUCAAGGUUAUGAUCGUGAAGUUCUUGAAAAGGAGACUCGUGUGCUUACUGAAGAAGACCAAAAGAUGUUUGACACUCCAAUCAUUGGUAAGACAGGCGAGAAACGUUUCCUUGAAAGAAUUAUGGGUCGUCAAAAGCUCAAGAAGUCCUACCAAUAUGAAAUCAAAUGGAAGGGCCUUGCUCACAAGAGCAACGUAUGGUUACCACGUGACCAAUUGAUUGAAGCAGGUUUCUCUAAGCUUGUUCAACAAUUCGAUGACUUUGAAGCAUCAAGAGAAGGUGCAGGUCAACGUGAAAACAAAGCAGAAUUAAUCAGAAAGAUGCUUGAGGAUCUCGGUUUAGAUGGUGACAUCGCACAAUACAACGAAAUUUCUGGUCUCUCAGGUGGUCAGAAGGUCAAGGUCGUUGUUGCUGCUGCUAUGUAUAACAACCCACAAAUCUUGAUUUUGGACGAACCAACUAACUUCUUAGAUAGAGAAUCAGUUGGUGGUUUAGCAACAGCAAUCAACAGCUGGACUGGUGCAGUUUGUGUCAUUUCUCACAAUUUGGAAUUCGUACAUGCAGUUUGUCCAGAAAUCUGGAACGUCGAUGCUGGUGUAUUGACAAUUGAGGGUAAAGCAGCACAAAUUGAGGAUGUUGAAGAGAAGAAAGUACCAAAACCAGGUUCAAGAGCUGCAUCUAGAGCCGCUUCAGCAGCAGCAUCAGCAGCUAACUCCGCAGCAACAUCCGCAACUGAAGAUAGUGCUUCAAGUGUACCAAAGCCAAAGAAGAAGAAGAAGAUGUCUAGAAAUGAAGUUAAAGCUCAAGAGGAGAGAAGAAGAUUGAGAACAUUGAGAUUCUUAUCUGACUCGACAAUCAAAGAGCGUGAACCAGACACCGAUUCUGAUUAAGGACAGUAUUUAUAGUUUUAUAAUUGUAUAGAUUAAUAAAUUACAGGGUAUUU